GAAGUGAAAAUGGGGCAACAAUAUUGGAAAUGAAGCACAAAGAUUACUGCUCUAGAUCAAGAGGUGACUUGAAUAGAAGGCUGCAGCAACGAUUGGUAGCUGAUGAUAUUCGAGUUCAGUCAAUGCAAUCACAUAUCAAGAACAUCAGUUCACAACAAGUUGAAACUUUAUCACAGACCACCCGAAUUCCUAUCACUUCAGGUGUCCCAAUGCAGACUCUAAAUUACAUUGUCACAAUGAGAUUAGGCGGUCGAAACAUGACAGUAAUUGUGGACACAGGAAGUGAUCUUACUUGGGUUCAAUGCCAACCUUGUAGAUUGUGUUACAGUCAACCAGAACCUCUUUUCAACCCCUCAUUUUCCUCUUCUUAUCAAUCAGUUGCAUGUAAUUCAUCAGCCUGUCAAUCUCUUGUAUCUGCAACCGGGAAUUCAGGACUAUGUGGUACUAAUUCACAAACUUGUAAUUACCUUGUAAGUUAUGGAGAUGGAUCUUACACAAAAGGUGAACUUGGCCAGGAGCAUUUGGUUCUUGGAAACAGUUCAGUUGACAAUUUUGUUUUUGGCUGUGGUAGGAAUAAUAGAGGUCUCUUUGGUUUAGCUUCAGGUCUUAUGGGACUUGGAAGGAGUGAUCUUUCUUUAAUAUCUCAAACUUCUGAUGUGUUUGGAGGUGUUUUCUCUUAUUGUUUGCCUUCAACUGAGGCAGAGUCCUCUGGCUCACUAGUAUUUGGUGGUGAUGCUUCAGUUUUCAAGAACUCUACACCAAUCUCUUACACUAAAAUGGUUCCAAAUCCACAGCUUUUUAGCUUCUAUUUUCUCAAUAUAACUGGGAUGACUAUAGGUGGAGUUGUUGUUCAAGAUUCAAGUUUUGGCCAAAGUGGAUUUCUCAUUGAUUCUGGCACAGUUAUUACAAGGCUUCCUCCUUCCAUUUACAAAGCUGUUAAAGCUGAGUUCUUGAAACAAUUUUCAGGGUACCCUUUUGCACAAGAUUAUUCAAUUCUUGACACUUGCUUUGACCUCUCUGCAUAUGAAGAAGUGAACAUUCCAACCAUUAAAAUAUAUUUCGACAGUGGUGCUGAGAUGGAAGUGGAUGUUGCUGGUGUUUUCUAUUUUGUGAAGAGUGAUGCAUCUCAGGUCUGUUUGGCUUUGGCAAGCCUACAAUAUGAAGAUGAGACUGGAAUUAUUGGAAAUUUUCAGCAGAGAAACACCAGGGUCAUAUAUGACACAAAACAGUCACAAGUUGGAUUUGCAAAAGAAACCUGCAGUUUCAUGUAGAUGACAUAAUAUCUAAAGGCCAAUAAUGACUCGUUGGCGAUGAUAUCUUUACUAUUUUGCUAGACAGAGAUAACUAUUGGAGCUUUACUUAUGGAGGAAGAUACAGAUAUUAUGGGUGGCAGUUAUGGUUAUGUAAAAUAUCCCUUAAACUUCUCUUAAUGAUGUAACAGUUCAAUCCUUAUAUAAAAUGUGAAAACAGCAUAUUGACUACAAGAGAGGAACCUCAAUUGUUUUUCUCUAUAAUAUCACUGCUAAGUUGUAUGUACAAAGAGAAGAAGGUAAUUGAAUUUUUUUUUGGCCGAGUAAGAAAAUAUUGAUUCUUAA